GGCAGUCGUUGCCGGCUGAGCCCCGCUCGCCAUGCAGAGACCCAGCGGCCAGGGCACCGCCUUCUCCAUCGAUUCGCUGAUCGGGCCGCCGCCGCCGCGCUCCGGGCACCUCCUCUACACCGGGUACCCCAUGUUCAUGCCUUACCGGCCGCUCGUGCUGCCGCAGGCGCUGUCGCCGGCGCCGCUGCAGUCGGGGCUGCCGCCGCUGGCGCCGCUCGCCUCCUUCGCCGGCCGCCUCACCAACACCUUCUGUGCCAGCCUGGGCCAGGCCGUCCCCUCCAUGGUCGCCCUCACCACCGCCCUGCCCAGCUUCUCCGAGCCCCCCGACGGCUUCUACCCUCCGCAGGAGCUGCCCCCGCCGCGGGCCGCCCCCGAUACCGGCUGCCGGCGGGGCGCCGAGGGGCUGGAGGCGGAGGAGCUGCCCCCGGGGCGCGACAAGGGACCGCAAGAGCCGCCGCUCCACUUCCCGGACCCCUUCCCAGGACUGACAGAUGGGAAGGCGUACAGCUCGGACGAGGAGAAGGCGGAGGUGAAGUCGGCAGCGACGCCGUGUAGCGAGCGGGAAGAGGAGAGCUCGGCGGGUGACAGCGAGGAGGAGCCCUUCCUGGACAGGGCGGCUGCCGGUGCGCUGGGCACCAAAGGCAAGGGCAAGGGGGGUCCCACCGCUGAGCAGGCUCCACCGGGCUCUGCCGCCGGGAAGAGCCGGCGACGGCGGACGGCCUUCACCAGUGAGCAGCUGCUGGAGCUGGAGAAGGAAUUCCACUGCAAGAAGUACCUGAGCCUGACGGAGCGCUCGCAGAUCGCACACGCCCUGAAGCUGAGCGAGGUGCAAGUGAAGAUCUGGUUCCAGAACCGCCGUGCCAAGUGGAAACGCAUCAAGGCGGGCAACGUCAGCAACCGCUCGGGAGAGCCCGUCCGCAACCCCAAGAUCGUGGUGCCCAUCCCGGUGCACGUCAACCGCUUCGCCGUGCGCAGCCAGCACCAGCAGAUCGAGCAGGGCGCCCGGCCCUGA